UUUUUCCUCCCUUUUCCCUUAAACGUCAAGUGUAAUUCCUACCGAGUUUUUCGUCUCUGUGCCUCUCCCUGUCUUGAAGGUGGAGCAGAUAUGAGAAGAAACGGACUAUCAGCCUCCAAGAAAAAGACCUCUGAGAUAAAGUAACUUUAUAUCUCCCUGAACGCGGGUGUUUAUUUAAAUAACAAGCAUCUCUUUGCGGAAUUUACAUCUCCAUUAAUCGAAUGAUAGCAGGGGUCUCUCUGCAAUGGGCUCCGUACCCUUGAGUCUACUGCUGUCCAUUUCAGCACUAGCUGUGUUGGUGGCUGCAGCUGUGGAAGAUGCAACAGGUGAUGAUGAGUACACCUGGCCGCAGAAGAAGGUACCACUGGUACAUGAAAAGCAAACGGUGUAUCUGGACAGUUCUGAGUUUUCAGCCAAACCUCAGAGCGAGCUCCAUGGAAUAUGUGGCAUCGAGUGUCAGAGGGGUCUCCCACAGCCCAGCUUAGAUGAUUUGGAGAAGCUACUGUCCUACGAAACAAUGUACGAUAAUGGAACGCGCACACUCACCACCAUCUCAGUACAGAAGCUAAACAUGAGCGACGACUGGACAGGAAGCUCUUUGUCCCACACACGAAACAGACGAGAGGUCUAUGGCACAGACACGCGCUUUACCAUCGCUGACAAACUGUACUCUAUGAAAUACCCUUUCUCCACCUCUGUGAAGAUCUCUACAGGCUGUUCUGGAGUGCUGGUGUCCCCAAAGCAUGUGUUGACGGCCGCUCAUUGCAUCCACAAUGGAACGGACUACCUGGACGGGGCACAGAAACUCAGCGUAGGGGUGUUGAAGGAGCGAUCUCGCAGUAGGAAAGGCAGGAAAGGGAAAGGAAGAAAAGGGAAAGGACAGAGAAAGAAUAAAGAAGAGGAAGGGGAAAUAGAUGAAAACGAAGAGAUUGGAGAGAAGCAUGAACGUAAGGGCAAAGGCAAAGGCAAGAGGAACCGGAGUCGCCGCAGCACUGUUUCUGAACAACCCUCAUUCCGCUGGACGCGUGUGAAACAAAUGCAGGUGCCGAAGGGCUGGUUUAAAGGUAUCUCUGAGAAAGUAGUGGCUGAUUAUGACUAUGCCAUCCUGGAGCUAAAGAGGGCGCAGAAGACCAAGUACAUGGAUCUAGGUGUCAUUCCUUCAAUUAAGAAGCUGCCAGCCGGACGUAUCCACUUCUCUGGCUUCGAUGACGACCGGCCGGACAAUCUGGUGUACCGCUUUUGUUCCGUGUCCGAGGAGUCCAACGAUUUGCUGUACCAGUAUUGUGAUGCCAAGCCCGGUUCCAGCGGCUCAGGUGUCUACAUUCGCCUCAAAGAACCUGGCAAGAAAAAUUGGAAGAGGAAAAUCGUUGGGGUUUUCUCAGGUCACCAGUGGGUGGAUGUUAACGGGGUACAGCAGGAUUACAAUGUGGCGGUGCGAAUCACACCCCUGAAGUAUGCACAGAUCUGCCACUGGGUUCAUGGGGACUCCAGUCAGUGCCGGGAUACCUGAGAGACUCCAGCGACCCAUCUGACUACUUCUAUCCUGCCAAACGCCAACUCUUUCGAUUUUAGAACGCCUCCCAUUUUACUUACAAAAGUACCAAAAAGUACUAUGGUAUUACCUUGGUAUUCUUGGAAGUAUCAUUGAGUACCAUGCAAACACCUACAUGAAUUUCAAUACCAUGGUAAUUAUCUGAGUACAUGGUAUUACCCAUCUGAUACCAUCACUGCACCAUUGUGCCCUUUGUAAACUACACAAACUGCUGCAUCCAUCUGCACUAGAGACUACAUCACAACAUUCAUUACAGUAUGAUGGGUCUUUUGAUGUUAAUUUAUUUUAUUAGACAACUUUUGAUAUAAAUCAUUAAGAGUGAAUGUAUUUCUAGAUUCAGUUGUCUUAAAUGAGAGGUAAUUAUAUCCUAAAGGGUGUAAUGUAAUUUUGAAUUAGAAAAUGUACUGUUACAUUUAAUCAAUGUUGUUUUGCCAUGGGAGGCAUUUUUUGUCUGUUCAUCUGUCCGGAUAUCUUGAAAUAGAUGUGUAAAAGGUAGAUCCGACUAGUUAACAGAAAGAAAAAAAAAAUACUUUCUUUGUUUUUUCUGAGGCAAGAAGCUUUGGUGCUUUUAUGUGGAUUUUGUUUUUCUUUUUAAAGAACACAUCUGAUUAUUGAUACUUUAAUCAAUGUGCUGGUGUUCUUUAAAAACUCUUUGUUCCUGUUAUCAUUAUAAUAAAUGUUAUGAUUGUUUGUCUUUGAUAGCAUAAACUGUAAACUGUCUUCAUGGGCUGCCAUUUACAAUUAUAUUUCUGCCUUUUCUAUCUUAAUGCAGUGUCAGAAAUGCAGUUGCCCUUGUUGAUCUUUGGUGCUAAUUUAUAUUUAAAAGAAUAGUUCACCCAAAAAUGAAAAUCCUCUAAUCAUUUACUAACCCUCAUGCCAUCGCAGAUGUGUAUGACUUUCUCUCUUCUGCUGAACACAAACAAAGAUUUUUAGAAGAAUAUUUCAGCUCUGUUGGUCCUUACAAUGCAAGUGAAUGGUGACCAGAUCUUUGAAGCUCCAAAAAUUACAUACAGACCACAUAAAAGUAAUCCAUACCACUCCAGUGGUUAAAUCCAUAUAUUCAGAAGCAAUGUGAUAGGUGUGGGUGAGAAAGAGAUCAAUAUUUAAGUCCUUUUUGACAUAAAUAUCCAUUUGCACUUUCAAAAUGGGACAUGAAAAUUGAGAUUUAUAGUAAACAAGGACAUAAAUAUUGAUAUGUUUCCCAACCACAACUAUCACAUCGAUUCUGAAAACAUGGAUUACUUUUAUGUGAUUUUUGAAGCUUCACAAUUCUGGCCACCAUUCACAAGGACCUACAGAGCUGAGAUAUUCUUCUGAAAAAUCUCUGUUUGUGUUCAGCAGAAGAAAGUCGUAUACCAUCUGGGAUGGCCUGAAGGUGAGAAAAUGAGAGAAUUUUCAUCUUUGGGGUAAUUCCUUUCAAAUAAAAUAUUUGAGGACCUGUCAAGAGAAACAGCCUACUGUAGAACUGUAAGCAUGUAUUUAAUGUAAGGCUCAGAUUAUGAAUUACAUAAGACAAUGUCUUUCUUAAUAAAAUACACAGGGUAAUUUAAAUUUAGAUGCAGUCAGUGGUAAAUAUCAUUUGAUUUUUGUCAUUUUGAUAUAGAGUAAAGCAAUGUAGCUGGAUAGGAAAUCUAAAUAAACAUAUUAAUAUAAAUUUGCAUUGAUUAGCAUAAUUUUUUAUUUGUAGUUUUUAAAUGUUUGCUAUUAAGGACCAAAUAAACUGAGAUUUAUUUGUAUUGGU